AUGUCGUCCGCCAGCUCGCUGCUGCCACCCGCAGCACGCGGGAUCCUCUCAUCAUGUCGCCUCCCACUCCGACAAGCACCAAUGGCGCCUCUUUUCCCGGCCUUCCAGCAGGUCCGAGGCGCCAAGGGGAACGCUCAGAAGGGCAAGGGCAAAAACAAGGGGAAGGACAAGGCCGUUAAACCGGAUCGGAGAGGGCCGAGGGAGUUCAGACAGAAAAACCUGAAGGAUAUGGAUCAGUUUGCCCUGUGUGAUGCGAUGCGAUACCUUCGGGCCGCCGAAGUUGGCCGUGAACCCACCAAUUUGAAAUACGAAGUUCACAUCCGGCUACGAACGAGGAAAGACGGCCCCGUCAUCCGCAACAUGAUCCGAUUUCCGCACGCCGUCCAGACCGAGUCCCGGAUCUGUGUCAUCUGCCCCCCCGGAUCCAAGCACGCCAAGGACGCCCUCGCCGCGGGUGCGGUGAUGGUCGGCGAAGAUGAAGUGUUCAAUGCCGUCAAGGAGGGCAAGAUCGAGUUCGACCGCUGUCUCGCUCACCCAGACAGCUUGGCGGCGCUGAACAAGGCCGGCAUGGGCCGCAUCCUGGGUCCGCGUGGCCUGAUGCCGAGCGCGAAGCAGGGAACGGUGGUGGACGAUGUGGCCUCGCGCGUGGAGAUGCUCCGCGGCGGUACGGUCUACCGGGAACGUGAUGCGGUGAUUCGUCUCCCCAUCGGGCAAUUGGCCUUCUCGCCGGAUCAAUUGCGGGAUAACCUGCGCACGACCAUUGAACAGGUCAAAAAGGAUGCCUCAGGGCUCAACGAUCGCAUCAACAAGGAGAUCCACGAGGUGGUGCUGAGCUCGACUCACGGCCCCGGCUUCAGUCUCAACGGAGACUUCCAGUCCGAGACUUCCCCGGAACCCGCUCUCUUAACCGGCUUGUAA